GAUUCGAUUACUCGGUAACCACAUGCGACUGAAAAAUCCAUUUGUGUUUACAUUUUUUUAGUUAAUUAAUUGUUUUCAUUAGAAUUGCCUGAUGAUGUUAGCAAAAAGAUUUCUACAAUUGGGAUCAUUAGUUAAUUAUAAUGUUAAAUGUUCCAGUAAUUUGUGUGGAAAAGGUUUGAUCUGUGGUCAGUAUGCGAUAGAAAAUAGAAACACAUCUAAUCUUAGGUUCAAAUCAACAUUUUCAUCGCCAUCUUCAUCCUCAUCUUCAACUAAACCAUCUAAAUUAAAAGUAUUUCUUGUCGGAGGAUUAACAUUUUGUGCCACUUAUGCCACUAUCGAAGGAUUCAGUGGUUAUUUCAAAAAGAGUAAAAAAGUGGACGAAGAUCAUGGAAAACCAAGUGAAAAUCACCUUGAAUGGGACAGUUAUUUAAGAACAGUUCAGAAUAAACCGAAAGGAACAAUUGCCGGAUUCGUAAUUCCAAAAGAAACUCUACCGACUAUCCCAGUUUCUCGAGAAGUUGAUGGACCUUUCAAACUAAAUGGAACCAAAUUGUCACUAUUUCAAUAUCAAACGUGUCCAUUUUGUUGCAAAGUCCGAUCUUUUCUAGACUAUUAUGGUUUACCUUAUAAUGUUGUCGAAGUUGAUCCAGUUAUUAGACAGCAAUUGAAAUUUUCUAAAUAUCGUAAAGUACCAAUAUUAUUGGUCGAUGAAAAAACUAAGGAUGGUAAAGAAUCAAGCAAAUAUGUACAAUUAACUGAUUCAUCAUUGAUUAUCUCGAUUCUGUCCACUUAUUUAAUGUACAAUCAAGGAGCUGAAAAUAUCCAAUCAAUAAUGGACUUUUACCAAAAUAUGGAUGAUAGUCGAGGAUUUGAAACUGAUGUUAUCAAUAAGUAUUUCUUGAUGAUCGGAGAGGCUUGGUCACCAGAGAAAUUGAAAGCCAACGAGAAUAAAUUACACGAAGAGCGACACUGGAGAGAAUGGGCUGAUAAUGUUCUAGUUCAUGUGAUAUCACCGAAUGUUUAUCGAACUUUGGAUGAAUCAUUUGACGCUUUCAACUAUUUUUCUGAAGUUGGUCAAUGGGAUAAAUAUUUUCCAACAUGGGAACGAUUAAUAUGUAUCUACAUUGGAGCUAUUGGAAUGUAUUUUGUAAGCAAACGAUUGAAAAGGAGACAUCGAUUGAAGGAAGAUGUUCGAAGUUCACUUUAUGAUGUUGGUAAUCAAUGGAUUAAGGCGAUAGGUAAAAAUAGGAAAUUCAUGGGAGGAGAUAAACCAAAUUUAGCUGAUUUAGCUGUUUACGGUGCUCUCAGUUCCUUCGAGGGAUGUGAAGCUUUUCGUGACCUUUUAAAGAACGUCAACAUUGGUCCUUGGUUCUAUUCGGUGAAAGAGCUUUGUAACGCUCACGCUGGAUCCAAAUUUCUGACCAAUGCCAAUAAGUGAACCGAUACUAAUAUAUACUAGAGAAUUGACCGGAAUUUGAUUCACAUUUUUGUUUUUACUGCAACUCUAUUAGUCAAUGAGUCGAAACAAGAAAGAAACUACCAAGUGAACCGCUUAAAAUUAACCAGAAAAAUAUCACAAUUGUGAUUUGUGUAUUAAUCGUGAUUGGGAUUCAUUGAACCUCAUUUGCCAACAAACAUUUUAAAAAGAAAAGAGAAUGUAGUUUAAAUUAAAUAAAUUAUAUCACUUGGCGAAACUUGUAAAGAAA